AUGGAACCCAAAACACCCUCACUCGCCCUAACCCUAAUAGCUUGCCUCCUCCUUCUCCCUCUAUUUUCCCACGCUCGCAUCCUAACCAACUCACCAUCAUCAACACCAGCAUCUCGAGUCGCCUUCCUCCAACACCUCAAAGGCUGCCACAAGGGCGACAAGCUCAACGACAUCCCUAAGCUCAAAGCCUACCUCCACAAGUUCGGAUACCUCGACGACUACACCAACCAAACCUCCCCUUCUAACAACCACUACUUCGACGGCCGCCUCGAGAAUGCCCUCAAGACUUACCAGGCCAACUACCACCUCAACGUCACCGGCGCCAUGGACUCCGCCACCGUCGCCUCCAUGAUGACCCCACGCUGCGGCGUCGCUGACAUCGUCAACGGCACCAACUACAUGCAAACCCGACGACGUCACGGUACUGGCCGGCUGCACGCCGUGUCUCACUACUCGUUCUUCCGGGGGAACCCCAGGUGGAGAGCUUCGAAGACGAAGCUCUCCUACCAGAUUCUCCCGGGAAUGCCGGAAGAAGCGGUGGCGCCGGUGGCGCGUGCUUUCCAGACGUGGGCUGAGAACACGCAGUUCGAGUUCCGGAGGGUCGGUGGGGAGCCCGGAGACGACACCGUGGACAUCAGGGUGGGGUUCUACAGCAGGGACCACGGGGACGGGUUUCCUUUCGAUGGAGUGGGUAGGUCGGUGGCUCACGCGUUUGCGCCGGAGGACGGGAGGUUUCACUACGAUGCGGACGAGAGUUGGGGGAUCAAGAACCCAAGGGCGAUGGACUGGGAGACGAAGGCGUUCGACGUCGAGACGGUGGCUUUGCAUGAGAUAGGGCACAUUCUCGGGCUGAUGCACAGCUCGGUGCCGACGGCGAUUAUGUACCCGGCGGUGGGGGACGGCGUGACGAAGGAGCUGAGCCGGGAUGAUGUUCAUGGCUUCAGGGCUCUGUAUAAGGUCUGA